UUUGCGAGCGCGGCUGCCACCUCCCGCGCGGUUCCGGGACUACAACACCUCCGUCCCCCCAUUAACGUAACUUCCGCUCCUGUCCUGGGCGCAGGCUCGUGGCCGCCUCAGCUCCGUUCCUUCAGCCUCCACCGUGUUCGGCGUCCGAGGGACACGUCCGGGGCCGGCUCCGCCCCCUAAGACUCCUGGUCCCCAGAGGAGCGAGGAAUGGCCCCCGAGCCUGAGGGCUCCGUGACCUUCCAGGAUGUGGCCGUGACCUUCACAGCGGAGGAAUGGGGGCGCCUGGCCGCGCCCCAGAGGGAGCUGUACCGGGAGGUGAUGCUGGAGACCUUCGGGCACCUGGCCAGCCUGGGCCUGGCCGUGUCCAAGCCGGCCGUGAUCUGCCAGCUGGAGAGAGGAGAAGCUCCUUGGAAGUCAGGGCGGGAUGUCCCCUGGAGACCUUGUGCAGACCUGGAGGUGGUAUCCAAAACCAAGGAGCCAGCUCCAAAGAUUGCCCUUUUUGUGGAGGGAUCAUCCUGGAAAACCCUCACAAAGGACCUUCCUUGUGUCUUCAAGUUGGGAGACACCACAGAAUGUGAUGCCCAGUUAAAGAGAAAUCAAAGAAAUAUGGAAAAACAUUCGAGAAUUCACACUGGAGAGAAGCCCCGUAAAUGUAACGAAUGUGGGAAGCCCUUUCGUCAGCGCUCACAACUUAUCGAACAUAUGCGAAUUCAUACUGGAGAAAAACCUUAUGAAUGUAAGAUAUGUGGGAAGGCCUUCAGACGGACCACAGGACUUAUUCAACAUCAGACAACUCAUAGUGGAGAGAGACCUUAUGAAUGUAAUGAAUGUGGGAAGGCUUUUACCAGAGUCACAGAUCUAACUCGACAUCAAAGGAUCCAUACUGGAGAAAAACCUUAUGAGUGCAAGGAAUGUGGGAAGGCCUUCACCCAGAUCAUAGACCUUACUCGACAUCAGAGAAUUCACACUGGAGAAAAACCUUAUGAAUGUUUUGAGUGUGGGAAGGCCUACCAUGGGAGCUCACAACUUACUCGACACCAGAGGAUUCACACUGGAGAAAAACCUUAUGAAUGCAAUGAAUGUGGAAAGGCUUUUAGCCAGAAGUCACAACUUACAGUACAUCAGAGAAUUCAUACUGGAGAGAAGCCUUAUGAAUGCAAAGAGUGUGGGAAAGCCUUCAGCCAGAGCUCACAGCUCACUCUACACCAGAGAAUUCACACUGGGGAGAAGCCUUAUGAAUGCAAAGAGUGUGGGAAAGCCUUCAGUCAGAGUUCACAACUUACUCUGCAUCAGAGUGUUCACACUGGAGUGAAACCUUAUGAAUGUAAUGAAUGUGGGAAGGCUUUCAGUUGUUUCACAAUACUUACUGAACACCAGAGAAUCCAUACUGGAGAGAGGCCUUAUAAAUGUAAUGAUUGUGGGAAAGCUUUCAGCCAGAGCUCACAACUUACUCUGCAUCACAGAAUCCAUACCGGAGAGAAGCCUUAUGAAUGUAAUGAAUGUGGAAAGGCCUUUAGUCGCUUUACAAUUCUUACUCAACACCAGAGAAUUCACACAGGAGAAAAGCCCUAUGAAUGUAACGAAUGUGGUAAGUCCUUUAGCUGGAGUACAGGACUUAGUCGGCAUAAAGCAAUUCAUAAUGGAGACAAACCUUAUGAAUGUAAAGAGUGUGGGAAGGCCUUCCAUGAGAGCUCACAGCUUAUUCGACAUCAGAGAAUUCAUACUGGAGAGAAACCAUAUGAAUGUUUUGAAUGUGGCAAGGCCUUUAGUCGGUUCACAAUACUUACGCAACACCAGAGAAUUCAUACUGGAGAGAAACCUUAUGAAUGUUUUGAAUGUGGAAAAUCUUUUAGCAGAAGCUCCCAGCUUACUCUGCACCAGAGGACUCACACUGGAGAGAAACCUUAUGAAUGUUUUGAAUGUGGCAAGGCUUUCAGCCAGAGUUCACAACUGACUCUACAUCAGAGAAUUCAUACUGGGGAGAAACCAUAUGAAUGUAAUGACUGUGGGAAGGCCUUCCGUGAUAGUUCACAACUUUCUCGACAUCAGAGAAUUCAUGAUGGAAGGAAAUCCUAUGAAUGUAAACAGUGUGGGAAGGCCUUCUGCCAGAGAAUAGAACUUAACAUACACCAGACAGUUCACAUUAGAGAGAAAUCUUAGAUGUUAAAAAAAAAAAAAAAAAAAAAAAAAAAA